AUGCUUAACUGCAUUCUCAUGUCAAAUAACGAAGAGAAAAUGUCCUCCAGACCAGGAAGUGUACCCAUGUCCGCCACUCCCUCCCUCGAUUCCUCCGUCACCCAUGUACAACCUCUUGAAAAGCCACAACAUGUUUCAGAGCCAUUCACCCGGCUCGAAAGAACCUUGUCCCCUGGGCACGGAGAGUCUGCCUUACCCGAAGACAAGAUCGGAGAAGCAGUCGAGAAUCUCGAGGACGAUUGGGAAAACGACCCCGAAAACGCCAGAAAUUGGUCAACUAAAAAGAAGUGGACGGCCGUUGUGAUUCUGUCAUCAUAUACUUUCGUAUCUCCGUUGGCUAGUUCGAUGAUGGCUCCCGGUAUCCCAGAUCUUGCCUUGAAAUACGGAAUCACAAAUUCAACCGUCGUUGCGCUUACUCUGAGCGUUUUCCUACUUUCAUUCGCCAUCGGGCCACUCAUCCUGGCUCCUCUAUCGGAGAUGUAUGGCAGAACAUGGAUUCUCCACUUUGGCAACCUCUUCACGAUAGCGUUCAGUUUGGGCUGUGCAUUUGCACCAACGACAAACUCAUUCAUCGCAUUCCGUUUCCUAUCUGGCUUUUCCGGAAGUGCGCCGAUUGCUUGCGGUGGUGGUUCAGUGGGAGAUUUGUUUGCUGCAAAGGAUCGUGCGUCGGCCAUGGCGCUGUACAGUCUAGGCCCACUGAUCGGCCCCGUCAUCGGUCCAAUUGCUGGAGGAUUCAUCGCACAAACAAUCGGCAUCAAAUACGUCUUCAUCGUGAUCGCAGCAACUUGCGGCGCAGUCUCAAUGGUCGCUAUCCCCUUCCUCCGGGAGACCUACGGCCCCGUAAUCCGUAUGCGCCGCGCCGCGAAAUCAGGCGACCCAGAAAAAGCCGCUGCGGCCCACCCCCACCUGCAACAAGAACACGGCAGCAAGCUCCACGUGCUCUGGGUCAACCUCGAGCGCCCGUUCGAGAUGCUGUUCCGCAGCUCGGUGUGCUUUAUCCUUAGCUUGUAUAUGGCUUUUAUGUAUGGAAUCUACUAUCUCAUGUUCGCUACCUUCGGAUCAUUGUUCAGCGUGACAUACGGAUUCAAAGCCGGAAUCGGCGGGCUCGUAUACCUAGGCCUCGGAAUCGGCUUCUUCUCAGCGACAAUCUUCGGCUCCAUCUUCGCUGACCGCGUAUACAAACACCUCGGAGCGAAGAACGGCGGUGUGUGUACCCCGGAAAUGCGUAUCCCCGCGUUGUUCUUCGGGUCGUUCUUCGUGCCUGUGGGACUCUUCACAAGCGAAGCUGCACUGGAUAAUGCCUAUUGUCGGAUCAGGGAUAUUUGGGUUUGGGAUGAUGACUACCUUCUAUACCUAGUCGACUCGUUCGCAUACGCUGCGAGUGCGACAGCUGCUGCCGCUCUCUUCCGCUCGUUGCUUGGCUUUGCGUUCCCACUAUUUGGACAGCAGAUGUUCGAUGCGCUCGGUCUGGGCGGUGGAAAUUCCUUGCUCGCUGGGCUGGCGAUCGCGCUAGGCAUUCCCUUCCCCGUGUGGCUUUACUAUAACGGCGAGAAAAUGCGCGCUGGGAACCCGCUCACACGCGAUUCGACGCUGGUUGGGUACAAGAAUUAG